CUACUAUCUCUAAAGAUACUAAGCUAGGUAUAGUGACAAAGCAUGCAGCCAACUGAAGGGUCGCUUCUGACAUAGCCACCUAGUUGUUAACAUGGAUAAUAUAUGUGAAGACGAUAUGAUGAUGAUACCAGACCAGAAAUAUGAAUAUUUGGACCAUACAGCUGAUGUUCAAUUGCACUCAUGGGGUGAUGACUUAAAAGAAGCAUUUGAACAGGCGAGUAUGGCAAUGUUUGGUUAUAUGACUGAUAUUGAGUAUGUUGAAAUGAGGACUACUGCAGAAAUUGAAGCUGAAGGCGAGGAUAUCGAGUCGUUGCUAUUCCAAUACAUGAAUGAGUGGUUGUAUGCCUUCAGUGUUGAGCCAUUUUUCAUACCAAGGAAAAUUAUUGUGACGGAUUUUGACAAAGAAAACUUUAGAAUUAAAGCAAUUGGAUACGGAGAGGAAUUUGACAUUAGCAAACAUCCCCAGGGAACAGAGGUUAAGGCGAUCACAUACUCCAACAUGCAAAUAUAUGACAACAGUGAUAAACACGAAAUUUAUCUCAUCAUUGACAUUUAAGUGGUGUUAUUAGUCACUUAUAUGCUACUGCAGUGCUUUUGUACUUUAGUUUACCUGCAAUUUUUGUUUUGUUUACUGCAGGUUUGAUAUGAAUAUUACUCAAUGAUAAGAUAGAGGAAUUUUGUAUGUGCAGAUAUGUAUGACCCUGUGUGUGUAAAUGGUCAUGAGUUUGUGUGUGUGAAUGUGUGAAUGUGUGGAUGGCAUGCGUGUGUAGUGUUACUUAUUAAUAUAUUUAUAUGACAUAACAAAAAAGAUUUGGUAUAAUGCCAUGUGAAUUUUGAGCUGAAAUAACAGGUGAUGAGUGCUAUGAAAUUAGUAAAAUAAAUCGAUCAAGCUUUAUGGCCAUAGCAGCAGUGGUUCUGGAGAUGGCCACUUGCAUGGUACUUUUAUUGCUGUGAUAUAUAAUACAUAGGCAUUGAUACGAUGCAAACUAGUA